UUGAACUGUGGAAAAAGCAAGCAGCUUUGUAAUCAUCCCACUACUAUCUAUCCUAAAGGAUGAGUUCUCCCUCUGGUCUUCUCCGACUUCGAAUUAAACGCGGUGUUAAUCUCGCCGUCCGAGACAUAAACAGCAGCGAUCCUUAUCUUGUCAUCGAAAUGGGUAGAACGAAACUGAAAACUAGCGUUAUAAAGAGGAAUGUCAAUCCUCUGUGGAACGAAGAUUUUACUCUUUCUGUUUCGGAUCCUAGUGUUCAUAUACACUUGACUGUAUAUGACCAUGAUCGUUUCAGCAAAGAUGACAAAAUGGGGGAUGCAGAGUUUGACAUAAAAGCGCUCUUAGAUGCCACGAGGAUGGACUUGAAAGGCCUUCCAUCAGGGACAGUACUUGCUCGGGUCCAGCCUUCAGAGCAUAACUGCUUGGGUGAUGAAAGCUGCAUUUCAUACAUAGACGGAAAUGUUAGUCAAGAUUUGGUACUCAGAUUGAGAAAUGUUGAAUGUGGGGAAAUCGAACUUUCAAUGCAAUGGAAAGAUGCUGCCCGGGGAAGAUAGGUACGCAAUUAUUUUAUAUUUUACCAUGUUUUAUUACCCAUAUUGUGAAGUCUUGUAAUGUGUCAGUUUAACUAGAAAUUAAUAUUGUUUUACUAUGUCAGAUAUUGUGUAGUAGGGAUGUGUGAAAUGUUAUUUGUUUGUUAACUUAUCCUUUCAAUUUGGGUAUUGUAUCUUUGCAAAUAUGUAAAGGAAAUAACUUGUUCAUUGUUACUGUUGUAAGUCCAUAUAAACCAAAUUGGCCUUCAUGAAUCAUACUUUUCAUUUUAUUAUUAUU